UUCUCCACGUCCUCCGGUGUGUCCAGACGUCAGAAGUUGCCACGAACGCACGGCGGCACGAUGUGGAGGAUAGCGAGCUGCGCGCUGUGGCUGGUUGUGGGUUCCCAGCUCGGUUUGUGGGGUGUUUGGGGGACAGCAGCUGAGCUGGACGGCGACGUCCGGGUCGAGGUCUUGUUCAAGCCCGAGCAGUGCACCCCCAAGAGUAAAAGAGGAGAUCUGAUGAACGUCCAUUACGACGGCUUCCUCGCCAAAGACGGUUCUCAGUUCUACUGCAGUCGAUCGGACAAAGCCGGGCACCCUCAGUGGUUUGUGCUGGGCGUUGGACAAGUCAUCAAGGGCCUCGAUAUCGGGAUGGAAGACAUGUGUCCUGGAGAGAAGAGAAAAAUAACGGUUCCCCCCGGCUUGGCCUUCGGAGAAAAGGGCAAAGAUCCGGUGCCGCCCAAUGCUACGGUGGUGUUUGAGGUGGAGGUCUACUCUGUGUCCAGGGGACCGCGCAGCAUGGAGGCCUUCGGACAGAUGGACCUCGAUAGAGACAGAAGUCUCACAAAGGCUGAGGUGAAAGAAUACUUGAAACUGGAGUACGAGAAGGGCGGGAAGGCUCGCGACGACCCUUUCUACGAGAAGAUCAUGGCUGAUAUAUUCCGUAAGAGCGACCACGACAAAGACGGGCUGAUCAGCGCCAAGGAGUAUAAUAUUUAUGAACAUGAUGAGCUCUAGUGUUGGAAGAAGUGGAUCUUGGUAAUUGUUAUACUUUAUGUACAUUGAUUAAUUUGAGAGCGAAGGGAAGACUCCACCCUCCGAUGUUCUUAUAAUGCCGAUGUUCUUUUUUUUUUUUUCUAUAAAAAUGUUAUAGCAAUGAAUAUUACAGUGUCUUGACCAGUUCAGCCCUAGCUGUUA